CGACGACCCAGCCAUGUCCGACAGUCUGCCCAUCAAUCCCACCGGCAUCGCCGCGCCCACCCCGCAGAACACCCCGCUUCAAAACGCCCCCAUUGCCCAAGGGCUCUCGCGCCCGACCGUGCCAGACAUCACCGAGGGCGACGAGCCCGACGAAGACGAGGAGGACGCCGAGGACACCGCCUCCGGCUUCCAGGCCACGAUGGCGGGCCUCGUCCAAGGCAAGCUCCAGAGCUUGCUCGGGAAGAGCUCCGGCUACGUCGAGAGCUUGCCGGUCGAGGUCAAGAAGAGCGUCGCGGGUUUGAAGGGUAUCCAGGUCAAGCAUACCGAGCUGCAGAACCAGUACAAGAAGGAGUGCCUCGAGCUUGAGAAGAAGUACCUCGAGCUCCAAAAACCGCUGUACGAGCGCCGUCACGCGAUCGUCACCGGCCAGGCGCAACCCACGCCGGAAGAAAUCGAGGAGGGCGAGAAGGUGGCCCAGGAAGACGACCCCGCGUACACCCCGCUUCCCGCAGACGCCGUCGCUGCCACUCCGGCCGCGGCCAUCCCCGAGUUCUGGCUCACCGCGCUCCGGAACCACGUCGGCCUCUCGGAGAUCAUCACCGACCGCGACGCGGGCGCGCUCAAGCACCUGACCGACAUCCGGAUAGCCUACCUCUCCCCCCCGGAGGAGGACAAGCCCGGCUUCCGGCUCGAGUUCGAGUUUGAGGAGAACGAGUACUUUGAGAACAAGGUCCUCACGAAGACGUACUAUUACCAGCCCGAGGUCGGAUACUCGGGCGACUUCUUGUACGAGCGUGCCGUCGGGACCGAGAUCAAGUGGAAGGGCGACGACAAGGACCUCACCAAGGAGUACGAGAUCAAAAAGCAGAGGAAUAAAAACACCAACCGCACGCGUCUCGUCCGCAAGUCGCGCCCGAGCGAUUCGUUCUUCAACUUCUUCAGCCCCCCUGUCCCGCCUAGCGACGACGAGGAGGAGGAAGUGGACGCGGAGGAUCUUGAUGAGCUCGAGAUGAAGCUCGAGGUCGACUACCAGAUCGGCGAGGACAUCAAGGAGAAGAUCAUCCCUCGUGCUAUCGACUACUUCACCGGAAAGGCUCUCGAAUACGAGUCUAUGGAUGAGGACGACGAUGACUACGAGGACAUUGACGACGACGAAGACGGGUUUGAGGAUGAGGACUCUGACGAGGACGAGGCGCCGGCGAGGCGGCGUGGACCCCCUAAGGGCCGUGGCGCGAACAACGUCGACCCUGAAGAGUGCAAGCAGCAGUAAACCUCUCGCAUCGCGUUUCCCUCCCAUCACACUCCCUCUCUUCGUCUUCCUCUCCUAUGUGGCUUCUCUACUCAAGGAUGAUAUAACGGCGUCGAAUAAACGGCAAUCGCGAUCCUCUCUCACUCGACCCACACCUAGCGCGCCUCCCAAACGUAGUUGCUUCCUCCCGAUGUUUAAUGAAUAUUGUGUCUGUAGGCGCCAAAUAAUGUAUGACUA